CGAAAAAGUAAUAAACUGCUGAGCAUAACAAACAAUUGGCUAAGAAAAGGGUUGGAUAAGAAUAGCUAAAAAGGCUCUUACUAUGCUAGAAAAAUUAAGACUAAAUAUGAACAUAGCUAGCUACGUAAACAUAUUUUAUUUGCUGAAAAAUUAUAGAAGAAUUCAAACCCUCAAAAUAUCAAUAAUUCUUGCAUUGUAUAUGUAUAGGUUGAAGUGUCAAGACGGAGCGUUUCUAUUUGCUAAAGCUGACUCAGGUGGUUGUGGGCUUCGAAAAUUAUGCAAAUUGUAUGUCCUACAGUUGGCUAUGACGUUCAAUAUUUAAAAGGAGAAGUUCGGUCAUCAUGUGUUUACAUUAUCCCACUGAACACUGAUAUUGAUGUCACGCCAGUUACCAUCAAUGAUUUGUCAACAGAACCCUGUAAUAUUGCAGAAUGCAAGUGCUCACAUUGUGGCGUAAUUGUGCCUUUAACAGAAUUUGAAAACCAUAAAGAACAAUGUAUGUCAGAGGAUGUGGCUGGGAUAUCAAGUACUAGCAAUGCUGAUUCUGAUAUUGCAGGUCAUGGAAAUGAUCAUGUCCAUCGUGACCAAGCAAUUCUUCUUAAAUUGAUGAGCAUAUUCCCAGAUGAAAAAUUUUCUGUUCUCCAGGAGGAAGCCAAAAAUAAAACAAUAGAGGAAGCAGUCGACUCUGUGCUACGUGUAGUAUCACCAGACAUUGAAUGUACAAAGACAGUUAGUAUGAAGCAACGUUCUUCAGAUUGUGCUACCAGUUCUAAGUCACCAGGAAAUGAAUUUCAAUAUACUGUGCCUGCCAACUGUACACACAACUCAACAGAAAUUUGGAGAACACUCUGAGAAAGCCAUUGCUAUUGAAGGUGUAGGUUUUAGUGACAAUAAAUAGAUUUGACAUUGGUUUUAGUUGCUGACUGUUUUGUUAUUUGAAGUGACUUUUAUAUUUUACUUCUUAUACCUUAAGAAAUUUUUGUGGGAAGAAAUUAUUUCAAAAGUUGCUUUUAAAGUUCCUCAUCUACAAAACUUAUUACACAAAUUACAUGUAUACUCAGGCUGCAGAAUGUUCUUCCCACAAUAAUUUCUUACCUUCAGGUACAAUUUAUGUUGCUUUUUGAAAUUUUGCAUAAAUAAACAUUCAAUGAGAGAAAUUAUUAAAAAAUUCAUCAAGACAGCGUUUUAUCACCUUCAAAAAGAGCAUACAGUUUCCUUGUGAGUUCUUAGAAGCAAAAGAGUUAUUAACGCGCAGAAAUAACAUCAUUUCCAUGUAGGUGGAUAUAUAUUUUAUGAAAUGGUAAUUUUUUACGUUAUGUUAUGCAUUAUAAGCUUGAAACAAAUGUCUUUUUUAUAUUUUUUCCGUGUGACGAAGAUUGAAAUUUUUAACUUUGUCCUCUUUGGUUGAUCAAUGUCUGAACAUAGGCUAGCACUUCAACAUAGAUAUCAACACCAAAGCUGUCUGAAUUCUUAUAAAUGUCAAUUUCACGUAAUAAGGUGUUCUUCUCUUCUUCAUUAAGAAACUCUUGUAUGUCUGGUAUUUCCACCCCAGUUCCACUUGGUAACGUUACAGGUCCAUCAAAAUCAACCCCGUAUGAGUUAUCUACGUCGAA